GCAAACAUCCCAUCAGCUUCAGACACUGAACCUGGCACCUGACCUCUGCAGCAUCAGCACCAGAAGAACAAGCUGAUCGUUCCUUCUCUCAGAAACUGAAAGCAGUAGCACAUCAUCAUCACAACAGUAGGAGGCGAGCAGAUCACAUCAUGCACUGGACUUUCCUCGCGUACAUACUUAGAUCUGUUUUCUAAACCACACUGGGAAUGGACAGCUGUCUCUGAAUUUAAUCAGCAGAACUUUUUCAGGACACACUGGACUGAUAAAAAGUUCUGUGCUCGUUUAUUUAUGCGCACACAUUCCUUUACACUAGACGGAAAGUGUAAAGCAUUUUCCUUUCUAUUAUGGCUAUUUAAUGCCUGUAGCUGAAUAUCCAAAAGGAAAAGUUAUGUUAUUUAUGCGUUUUAAAGUUAAAAUAAUGUUAGGAUACUUUGAUUUAAGAUUUUAGGAGUUAGCGCGUCUCUUUAUGGUAAGCUUUCAAAACGGACAAUUAUUAGUCAAAACUGGCUCACAAGCAGUCAGAUGGACAGUGAGAGCAUUGAUAUAUUGGAGGAUAUGGUUAAAUAAUACGAUUUUUAAGGAAGGAUACAUAAGCUCGGAUACGUCAGGAAAGCUUGGAGCGCUUGAAACUUUUCCGCGUAAAGGCGCACAGGACGCGCAAAGAGGCGACAGUUUGCGAGCACCAUCACCACCAACCCAGAAAACAAGGCGUAGAAUGGUUGAUAAGCUUGUUUUCAUCACUAAUGGGAUUGUGCUGCUGUGAUUUGUCGGACCGGAGGGAAGGUUGAUCCACACACACUCGUUUGGUGCAGCAUCGCGGUGCGCGCUCGGGGAUGAUCAGGAUCUUCCCGGAUUUCAGUGUUCAGGUGACGGCGGCGGCGGCUGCAGGUGCGGGAGCCGGUGGAGGAAUGCCGGCUGCGUCAAGAGUCCCGGGAGCUACUAACGGAAACCCGCAAAACCUCCAAGGCUUGACGUCUUACCAACAAAGCGAGCCAUACUGGGAGAGGUCUGCUAAUGCAAGCUCCUGCUCCGCCACUAGGCCCAAGACACUCCACCUUGGAGGGCAACAACAUACCUCAUCACCAUGGUUGCAGGCUCUGAGAAAGGAAAAGUCACGUGACGCCGCUCGCUCGCGCCGGGGGAAGGAGAACUUUGAGUUCUAUGAGCUGGCAAAGAUGCUUCCGCUCCCCGGUGCCAUCACCAGCCAGCUGGACAAGGCCUCCAUCAUCCGCCUCACCAUCAGCUACCUUAAGAUGAGGGACUUCGCCAACCAGGGGGACACGCCGUGGAACCUGCGCAUCGAAGGACCGCCGCCCAACACCUCAGUCAAAGCUAUCGGCUCCCAGAGGAGGCGGAGCCCCAACACCGCUGCCGCAGAGAUCUUUGAGCCUCACCUCGGCAGCCACAUCCUGCAGUCCCUGGAUGGAUUUGUAUUUGCACUAAACAAGGAGGGGAGGUUUUUGUACAUCUCAGAGACAGUGUCGAUAUACCUGGGGCUUUCACAGGUAGAGCUGACGGGCAGCAGUGUGUUUGACUACGUUCAUCCGGGCGAUCAUGUGGAGAUGGCCGAGCAGCUGGGCAUGAAGCUUCCGCCGGGCAGAGGGCUGCUGUCUCAGGGCGGCGGGGCCGAGGACGGGGCCAGCUCUGCCUCUUCUUCCUCUCACUCUGAGACACCUGAGCCAGUGGAGUCGAACAGCCCUAGUCUUCUGUCGCCGGAUAACAUUCUAGAACGCUCCUUCUUCGUCCGUAUGAAGUCCACGCUCACCAAAAGAGGCGUCCACAUCAAGUCCUCCGGAUACAAGGUUAUCCACAUUACCGGCAGGCUGCGGAUAAGAAUGGCAUUAACACACAGUCGUUCGGUACCCAAUCAAAUCAUGGGCAUGGUUGUGAUGGCACACGCACUUCCUCCGCCAACCAUCAAUGAGGUUCGGAUCGACUGCCAGAUGUUUGUUACACGGGUCAACAUGGAUCUCAACAUCGUCUACUGUGAAAACCGAAUCAGUGACUACAUGGACCUGACACCUGUCGACAUCGUAGGGAAGAGAUGCUAUCACUUCAUCCACGCAGAGGACGUGGAAGGCAUUCGGCAAAGCCAUUUAGACCUAAUGAAUAAAGGUCAGUGUGUGACAAAGUAUUACCGCUGGAUUCAGAAGAAUGGAGGUUAUAUCUGGAUCCAGUCCAGUGCCACUAUUGCAAUCAACGCCAAGAAUGGCAAUGAAAAAAACAUCAUCUGGGUCAACUACGUACUCAGUAAUCCAGAGUACAAAGAUACACCCAUGGAUAUCGCACAGUUGCCUAACCUGCCAGAGAAAGCAUCAGAGUCCUCAGAAACAUCUGAUUCUGAAUCCGACUCCAAGGAGAACUCUGAAGACAAUGAAAACUUCAAGUCAGAUGGAAAAGGGAAUCAGUCUUCUGAGAACAGUGAAGAUCCAGAGUCGAACAGUAAGAAACAGAUGGGCCAGCCACCAGAGCAAGAGAUGAGACGACAGGAGGAAGGAGACAGUUCCAGCAAUCCAGAAAGUCAGGACAGUGAUGAUAGUCUGGAACCUUCUGACUGUGAAACUGACAACAAGGAGGGCCGCCUGGGUGGUUUACACAUAAAGGUGGAGUGUUAUGGUGAUGGUGAGGUGGAGGAUCUACAGGACUCGCCCUCCUCUUGCUCCUCCUCCUCAGAAGAAGUAGAGGAUGAGGUGGAGGAUAUUGUGAAGGACUGCAACAGUGGAGGAGAGCUGAGCGGACCAGCAAUGAGUAAACACCAGAAGAGAAAGAAGAGGAGAAAAAAGCAGAAAUGGGAUGGAAGUCGACAACGUCUCCGUCUGUCUCCCUCGGCGGCUGCUACCCCCAGCCCUGGCAGCCUGGACCCCACCCUUGGAGACCAGCCUCCCCUCCUGCUUCCACCCUCCCCAACCAAUUCCUCUGUGCUGAAGAUCAAGACUGAGAUGUCAGAACCUAUAAACUUUGACAACGACAGCAGCAUCUGGAACUACCCACCCAACCGAGAGAUCUCCUGCAACGAGUCUCCCUACAGCAUGACAAAAACCCACAACACCUUCCCUUCUCCCCCGCACGCCGGCCUGCAGGUGUCCAUCCCAGACUCAGUCCUCACUCCACCUGGUGCCGAGGGUGGAGGAGGCAACAGAAAGCCCAACUUCAAUGGCAACAGUAGCAACGGCAACAAUAACAGUGCCCCCACCUCUGUGUCCAGCGCAACUCCGGGCAGCUUGGUUCCUCCUUCCAGUUCCGCUACUGCUGACCCGCUCUCCCCACCUCUGUCAGCCUCGCCACGGGACAAGCAGCAGGGUACACCCACCUCCUCUGGUUCCCUGCUCUACACCAGUGACCUGGAAGCCCUGCAGAGGUUACAAGCGGGGAACGUGGUACUUCCACUGGUGCACAGAGUCACAGGCACGCUUGCUGCCACCAGCACAGCAUCCCCGCGAGUCUACACCACUGGAACGAUCCGAUAUGCCCCAGCAGACGUCAGCUUGGCCAUGCAGGGCAACAUCUUGCCAAAUGCUCACAGCGCUGUGAACUUCGUGGAUGGGCCCGGCUUCGGCAUAGACCCUAAGACGCCCAUGGAGAUGCUGUAUCAUCAUGUGCACCGGCUCAACAUGUCCACCCCCUUCGGGGGUGCGGUCAGCGGAGCCGGGCUCACACAGAUGCCAGCUGCAAAUGUCUUCACCACAGCAGAGGGACUUUUCUCCACGCUUCCGUUUCCCGUCUACAGCAAUGGCAUCCACAACACACAGACACUGGAGCGCAAGGAGGAUUGAAGCAAAACAUCGAGACCAUAUUACUGUGUUCAACUGUGUUAAAAAGACUUCUGAGGCAAAAGACUGUGUAUCAAAGUUGGGGGAAAGUGAGAUGUUCUAGCACUUUGAAUUUUGAGCAAUUGGGCUUGUGUAACUGAAGUGAAUGGGUUUUUCUUCCUGUGUCUUUCUAACUCUUCGAAUUUCUCUUUCUUCUUUCUCGCCUCCUUACACAAGUUCUUGAUGACGGUUUCUCUAAACAGACUAAAAAGACUUAUCUCUAUUGUAAAGAGUUCCUUUUGAGCCACAGGGAAUUCAUAGCACUGUAGCAUAUGUUUUCUCUGUGGUCAAAUAUUUGUCCAGAGUAUGUAGCAUCCUCAUUAGGAUGUCUUAAACGUAUUAGAAAAAGAAAACUGACAAGAAAAGAAACUGUUUCUGUUUCUAAAGGUUUCUUGGUGUAAUUGAUGCUGACAAAAGGAUGUUACCCUAUUUGAUGUAGUUCAAAGGGUUUUACGGUUCUUUCUAAAGGGGGAAUAGUAUUUAAGAAAUAAUGCUUUUUCUUAGUUUUUUUUUUUUUUUUUUUUUUUUUUUUUUUUUUUUUUUUUAAUAGCUCAACUUAACUUGCCAAUCAUGCAUUUUAAAAAAGCAAUUUUAGCCGGAUAUUGACCUGUGAAUAGAAUGUUACUAUACAAUCCCAGGACAUGGAACAGGUCAGUGUGAGAUUUUUCCAGUUCCAUCUUCUGUUUGCAGAUCCAUGGUGCUAUCAUUGAGUUACCCUCACUCAGCUGGCUGAUGUAGGUACUGUCCCGGAACUCCAGACAAAUGGCGGCUUUAGAUCUUUUCAACAGAAAAGUUAAACCCCUAACAGAUUAUUAUUAUUAUUAUUUUGUUUUUUGUUUAUUAUGUUCAUCACUUACCCGUGAGCACAGGAGAGUAUUUUAGCUCAAUCUGAUUGAGUCUAUAAAGGGAUACAGAAAAGGUUUUUUUUUUAUUAUUAUUAUCUCUCAGUGCAACUGAGGCUAAUCUUGCAUCAUAAACUUGAAGAUGAAUGUUAAACUCCAAACAGGAUUUGGUCAGAGCUAUGAUGAAUUGUUUUGGAGAUUUUUGGCUUAAUUGUUUACACUCCCUCUUUGGCUUACAAGCCUGGUGUCCUUUCCCGAAAUCAGUCCCCCUUCAUCCCUUACCCCUUGACUCUCUCUGAAAAUCACAUAUCAAAUGGAGAUUGUAAUAAGGACAUGCAUUUUCAAUCAAAAAAAUGUGUUUUGAAAAUCCACAUUCCUAAUUUUUAUCCACUGUUGCCAAAAAAACUUUACUCCCACAGUUUGGUGUUAAAACACUGUGAUUUGAUGUUAAAAAAAAAAACACUAAAGUAAUAAAACGGAAGAAAACUGUCACUUCAUCUUUUGGCAGCCAUCCAUCAAGUCAUCUAUUAUGCAGCGUGAUAACCGUAAACUUGUACAAUGUGUAAGUGUCAAUGGCUGUCAGUCUCCAUAGCAAUUUAAGUGUGUGUUACUAUAUGCAGUAUAUACUGAGCUAAUGUAGCUGUUUUGUCCUUUGUCCUCUCUGUGCUAGUCCGGGCUCGGGAGGGGAAACAUUGGUUCUCCUUCCAGCCCCCUUGCAGUCUUAGUGAACCAGUGGAGGUUAGUGGAUUUUGUGUGGUGGCCUUCUAAUGUAGUGUCACCUAUUUUGCUGCUUCCUUUUUGUAUGUAUUACUUUUUUCUGUUUCUGCUAUUGCUUUGCUGUCGUGUAGUCUACAGACCUCUCUCUCUCUUCUCAGAGAUAAAAGACUCUAAACUAGCUCAAAGGUUUAAGGAGCCAUUUUUUUGCCACUGAGGAAUUCUGGGAUUGCAGUUUCCAGCUCAAACGUGUUGAGGAAUAAAAAAAACGGAAGUAGCAUUUAGCAGACUGGAACCUUAAAAGCCUCAGAUGUGAAACAUUCCCAGAGUCCCUUGUGCUUGUCUUGUGCAUUGGGUGUAUUUCAUUGGUUUCCACCAAACCUGUUGACUUCAAGGACCCUGCAACUCACACACAAAAAAAAUAAAAUAAAAAAAAAGAGAUGACGGUGGUAUUUCAGGACAAUAAAAAGUUUUAACGAUUUCUAAAGAGAUGAAAAAAAAAAUAUUUCGCACUAUAAAAUCUAUUUUUAUAGGUGUUUUGGAAAUGCAUGUUUACUAAGUUGAUUGUUUGGUUUACUUGAUUUUGUUCGGUCCAGCGGCUUUGUCAAUGUUUAGUGUUUUUUAGUCUGUCCAGCAAAGGGAAGGGGGGGCCUUCGUCUUUUUACCUGAAUCAGGCUUCCCCCCGACAUCAGGAAACUUGUGUCUGUGGUUUCUGUGAAGACGUGUUGUUACUCAAACCCAGGUCAUGAUGUUAAUGUUUUUAAAAAUGACAAUAACAGGACUCGCUGUUGGAACGGUUGCAGGAGAGCGCGGCGUCACCGCUGCAGGUUAACAGGAUCCUAGAUUUUAGCAUUUUGUACGUAGAGCAGAAGCGGUCGGGACGGGGUUUGGGGGCAGCUCCAAAAACAGACACUGUGGACCAGGAAAUACACCCAUAUGUUACUAACAGAACAGCCGGGCGAGCUGUUUCAAUGUAUCUGUGUUGUGUCAAAAUGAUUGCUGGUGAUUUAAUCUUAAACUAAUCUCAGCUGCUGUCAGAUAAAUAGUGUUUAAAAUGACAAUAUGAGAAAUCACUUCAUUACCUGUGAAGACUGUGUCUGUGUUUUUAACUAUUUCUUGUACAAUUAUACAGAUUCUUUUAUGAGGAGCUUGGUGCCAAGUAGAAGAAUAUGGGAGAAAGGGGAUUCUCUGCGUAUCAGUGUUAACAGUGUUAUAAAUUCUAAGUACAAAUUAAAAUAUUAAACAGAGAAAACUAUGGUACAUUUUUAUUUUGUUUUUUGUUUUCGGAGAAAAAAAAAAGACAAAAAACAACUAACUGAAGCUAACUUUGAGUGCCUGGCUUAUUUUUUUGGAAACACUUUUUUUUUGUCAUUUACCAUGAAUAAUGCUGCAAUUCAAAAAUGUACAUACUUCAUUUUACAACAGGGUUAUUUUAUACUUUUGUAGGUUUUCAUCAGUUAAAGCGACAUGUCAUACAUGGUUGUCUUUCUGUAACAGUUUUUUUUACCAUCUUACAGGUGCCAUAUUCAUAAUAAACUUUUCUUGGAUUUGUUACUAUCUGGCAUCAUUUCUUUUACAUUCAUCAUAAGUGAAUGCCAAACAUCAGUGAUUAUUCUUUGUGUUUCUACUUUCCUGCUUUAUUUUUGUUCUUUCCCUCUUAUGUUUUUCUCCCGAUCUUUAGUUUUGGUCGACGUAGCCUUUUUUUUAAGUUACCUACAGGUUUCAGGUAAGGGAAAUAUCAAAAUAUUCCCAUGUAGCCCUGCUGACUUUUGCUUCCACGUACAAUGAAUGGCAAUCCAGUGCAUUUGUACCAGGGCCUUUAUUUUUGACAUCUUUAAGCAGUGGCUGAGUGAAUCUCCUAUACAUUGGACAGAAUCUCACGGGUAUUUCUUUUUUUUUUUUUUUCACCUCAUGGUAUCCUCACCAGGUUUUCAAUUAGCAGGAAUAUUUCAAUCUGUGUCUUCUAUUAUACUGAUCUCACUGUAACUUCCUACGGCAAAGCUAAAUAAAAGGGGGAAAAUGCUUCCUUUUAAACGUGUUUUACUUAAGAUAUUUUUUAACAAUGUCAAGGUCUUGCUCUGUGAAAAACAAAAAUAUAUAUAUUAAACUGCUCAGAGGUUGUUGAAGUAAUUUGUGCUACCCAGUUAACUUUCAAAAUGUGAUGCAUUUCAGAGCAAAACAAGAUAUUCAGGAAGAAAAAUGCUUGGACUUGGUGAAGGGAUUUGAUUUAAUGCAUUGGGAAUUGAUAAAUGCAAAGUGGUCAGUGUUAUAGGCGUAUUUGUUUAGAAUAACAUGCACCAAUAAAUAAAUAAGUCCAGAAACAUACAUUAAGGAAGUCAAUAGAGUUGAUCUCAUCUUGACUUCAUGUUAACAGCUGUCUCAGAGAACAUAUAAGAUUACUAUUAUGACUUAUCCAUAUCUAUCAGAAUAAUGCACUUCCACAUUCACACUAUUCCUCCAGCUCAUAGCAUAUAUGCUGUGCAUGGUAACAUGUGCAAUGUGCUAGAAUUGACCUCCCAUUUACAGUUUGUUAAAUGAAUUGAAAGUAAGUAUUUAACGUAUUACUUGAUCAGACAGCCAAUAGUUAAAACAGUUUUCAUUUCAAAGAUAAUAACUGGAUGCCAGUCACAUGCAACAUAAUGAGGUCAUGUGACAGCACUAAUGUUUGAAACAUUCACAGUGGAAUAACAAUGUUCAAAAUAUAGAGGUGUAGA